AUGUCAAUAUCUCGAUUACCGUUUGGCCAUUGGAAGGAGGUCGAAUACUAUUUAUCGGGAUGUAAUACCAUAUCCCCAAACGGGAAAACUAAUGGAGGUGUACAAGACAAAACAAAACAAUUAAAAGUUUGUGAUAUAUGGCGGGAUAUCCAGGGUGCCAAUCAUUGGGAUGGCAUGCUCGAUCCCAUUAAUCCACUUCUCAAAGAAGAGAUACUCAGAUAUGGUGAUCUUGCACAGCAAUGCUACGAUUCAUUUGACAAUACUCGCUCUUCCGCUUACUAUGGGAAUUGUAAGCGCAGCAAAAGCUCGAUCACCCAGAGACUGAAAUUGAGAAAUUGUGGGCGUGGGUAUCAAGUUACCAAAUAUAUAUACGCCAAUACGAGUCUUUUGGAGUCCGUUUUUGGCCAGGAGUCAAGUGAAGGCGUUGCCUGGAUAGGUUAUAUUGCCGUUUGCAAUGACCCAGAGGAGAUAAAGAGAUUGGGAAGACGCGACAUAGUUGUUGCAUGGAGAGGCACGCAAACUCCGUACGAGUGGAUGCAAAAUCUCAGAGACGUGUUGGUUCCAAUAUUGACAUCAAAGGCUACACCAUGCUCCAAUAUCCAAAUCAUUUCAAAUCCAGAGGCUAGGGUAGAGAAGGGUUUUCUCAGUUGUUAUGCCUCCUCCGACGAGGACACUGUCAGAUGUAGGCUUAGUGCAAGGGACACUGUUGUGGGUGAGAUUACCAGAUUAGUGAAGGAAUACAAAGAGCAAGAAGAAGAUUUGAGCAUAACAUUUACUGGGCAUAGCUUGGGUGCUGCACUGGCAACGCUGAGCGCAUACGAUAUAAAACAAAUCAUGGUGAAUAAAUAUGGUGUGAGUUCAAUUCCUGUUACAGUGUUUUCCUUCGCGUCUCCGCGCGUAGGGAACCUGUCAUUUGCCCAACAUAUGGAAGAGAUUGGCGUCAAAGUGUUGCCUGUGGUAAACAACAAGGAUUUUGUUCCAAAAAUUUCUGGGAUUUUUUUCAACGAAAAAUUGGGAUGGCUGACUAGGCUUCUACAUUGGCUUCCGUGGGCAUAUGUUCAUGUGGGGGUAGAGAUUAGUUUAGACAGCAGCAGCUCGCCUUUCCUGAAGCAGACGUAUAAUCCUGCAAAUUUCCACAACUUAGAGGUUUACCUGCAAGCACUUGAUGGCUUUCAAGGACAUAACAAAUUGCCCUUUAAGUCCUCGGGGAGAGAUCUAGCCCUAGUUAACAAAUACUCGGACUUAUUGAUUCAAAGGCUGCAAAUCCCUUCCAACUGGUGGAAAAGGAGAAAUAAAGAAGUGGCGAAACGCAUAGAUGGCGUGUUGGUUUACUCUCCUUCAACUCCAACUCCUGUUCCUCUUCCGCAUAUCCCCCUUUAA